GGGGCAAGUAGAUAGCCACGAUAAACUAACGCAAAACAUGAUGAACACUAAUUUAUUUAAGGGCAUGACUGGAGAAAGUCUGUCCAAGGAACAGUAUGCGGAAUGGAAAAAACUAAGGAGACAGGCAGGAGAUUUACUGGAAUCAUCUGGGGAUGAGGAAGAGUUGAGCUUUUCUGCCUUAGACACCAGCCAAGAUGACAUGGAGGUGGACUCCAGAGCAUCUGUCUCAGUGUCAAACCUGGAGGACGUUUCGUUGGGUAACAUGAAACAGCUGAGCCUUAUGGAUGUGGACACUAUCACCACAAAAUACUUCACAGGAGAAAUUGAGUUCAGCGUGUUCAGUGAAAUGAUGGAGCAGUUUGGUCAAGCUAGGGAGCAGCUGUUAUCUGGAGAACAGGGAGAGGUUUCACUUAAUGACAAUAAUCAAGAUGUGCUGACUGAAGAAGAGGAGCAGGGAGAUGAGGAAGGUGACAAAUCUGACACACCCUCUGUGGAGGACGAGGAAGAAGAAGAUGAUGAUGAUGAAGAAGAUGAUGAAGAUAUCCCCGUUAAUGACGAUGAUGAAGAAUGGACCCCAAACAAAGCCAGCAAAUCACCAAAAAAAGCAAAGAAGAAAAAGAACAUUGUGAAGGUUAAGAUCCUCUCCCCUAGGCAGAAGAAGGCAAUGCUAACAUCUCCUUUAUCUUCUAUGAAAAAACAAAAAUAUAAGAAAAAGAAGAGGAAAGGUGGAGACCUUCCCAAACACCUGCAGGGCCUGAUGGGAGAAGCUCAUCUUAAGUUUGCCCGAGGAGAGCACGAGGAAGCAGUGAAGAUGUGCAUGGAGGUCAUCAGACUAGCCCCGAUGGCAGCUGAGCCUUUCCAAACCCUGGGUCUACUGUACGAAGAACUUGGGGACAUGCAGAAAUCCAUGCAGUUUUCUUUGAUUGCUGCACAUCUGAGGCCCCAGGACUCAGAGGAGUGGGGGAGGCUGGCAGAGAUUUCUGUUGAGAUGGGGGAACUUAAACAAGCAGUCACCUGCUUCACCAAAGCUCUGAAAUACGACCCUACAAACAUAGCGUAUGCCACAGAAAGGUGUGCACUGUUAGAACAACUGAAGGAGCCCAAGAAAGUGCUGGAGGGCUUUCACUACAUCCUGAAAAUUUUGCCCAAAACCGAGGGGGACAAGUACUUACAGAUUGCCAGGGACAUGGCCAAGGUGUAUCAUGAGAGCAGUGAGGCAGAGAAGGCGAUACAAACCCUGAGAGAGGCAUUUAAGGAGCAUCCCAACAAGAUAACCUCAGAGGAUGUCAACUUACUGCUGGAACUUUUGAUGUCCCAAAAGAUGUAUAAGGUGUCGUUAGAGAUCUUAAUGAAGCACUGUGGGGUUGUGUUUUACUUGGCUGAUGAUACAAAAUGGCUGGGCACAGACGAGACUGGUGCUCUAGACACAGAAAAACUGACAAGGUGUACUGUGUCUGAAUGGUUACCUAUAGACCUGAGGGUGAAGCUGGUGGUGUGUCUGAUACACCUAGAGCUAUAUGAGUUAGCCAAGUAUGUGCGCUCGCCCCUCCAGGAGGAAUCUGCCGAGUCUAGUGGUGACCUGUAUCUGGAUGUAGCUGAGGCUUACAUGCACCUGGGUCGAUACAAAGACGCCAGGCCCAUCCUGGAGAUGCUUGUCAAAACCAAGAACUACUCCCUGGCUGCAGUGUGGCUGCGCUAUGCGGAGUGUCUUAGCAUCCUGGGCGAGGUAGAUCGGUCAGAAGAGGCCUAUGCUAAGGUGGUUGAGCUGGCCCCCAAUCACACCGAGGCUCGUGUAGCCUUGUCUAACCUUCAGCAGCAGAUGGGUAGAGCUGAUGAGGCAAUACGCACCCUCACCACAGAGAUGGUAGAGCAAGCACCACUGACUAACGAGGAGCGAUGGUUGUUGUUGCACAAGUGUAUGAUGCUCUACUCCCACAAGAAACUUGACGAGUUUAUCAGCAAUGGUAAAAAACUAAUCAUCAGUCAUAUGCAGGAGCUAUACAAUCCAGAGUGCUUCAAGGUUGUUCUGUCAUAUCACACACCAAAGCACAGAAUAGAAGCCUUGAGAAUGCUGGCUAAAAACAAACCAGACCUGAUGAAAACAAAAAAUCCCUCUACAGCUGGAAAAGGUUUGUCCAAAGAUGAAUUGUGGGAUAUAUUUGUGAAGGUGUUUGACGUUCUGGUAGAAGAAGGAAAACUUAGUGAGCUAGAGGAACUGGCAGUUCUGGGCCUCUCCUGUCCUCUUUUUACCUCUGAUGAAACCAUGGCCAGGGAAACUGAAGAUAUGUGUGUAUUGGCAUUUAUGAUGAACAAGAACGGACAGUUUGCCUACAGAUUUGUCAAGGAAAUCUGUUUGAGGGAGUUUGACAAUGUCAAUGCGUGGAACCUGUUCUGUCAAGUGAUGUUAUUCUCGGCAGACCUCCGUCACAACCGCUUCUGUCUGAGACUCAGUAUGAGGCAUCCGGACCAUCUUCAGCUGGGUAUUCUUAAUGGUCACAUCUCCAUGGUUUCAGGCAGCUUUAAACACUCAAUAGGGGAGUACACCAGUGCAUUACGGCACGACCCAAACAACGCAUUACUUAACCUUUGUAUUGGUCUUACCUUUGUUCACAUGGCGGCCCAGAAGUUUGCUGACAAGAGGCAUGCACUUCUCACACAGGGUUGUUCUUUUCUGCAUAAGUACAUGGACCUGCGAGGAGAGUGUCAGGAGGCGUACUAUAACCUGGGAAGAGCCAUGCAUCAGUUAGAUCUUAAGUACGCAGCUGUGUAUUACUACAAGAAAGCACUUAACACACCCCCUGCUAUUGUGGAUGACGAGGGAAUUUUUGAUCUGCGACGUGAAGCCGCGUACAACCUAUCGCAGAUUUACCGGGCAAGUAAAUCAGAUGAUUAUGCCAGAAUGUUACUACAGCAGUACUGUGUUGUGUGAACUGUGUUGCCAAGGUAACAGAAUUUGGACCACAUUUCUUGCUGCCUCCUUGGAGAAGACAGUGAAGAAUCAGGUGGCGCUGGGAUCCGUCAGGUGUUAUUGGGAUCUUCAUUGUGCUCUGAGGGAUCCUCCAGGUGACAGAGGGAUCCCCCAGGAGACGGAAUCACCAGAUUAAGCUCCAGAUGACGUGCAAGGGUUGACUUUCUCCUCACUUGUCACCUUUAGGUCUCUCAGCAGAACGUGUUUGGCUGUGGACAGAGGGGAACCAGAUCUUAACAAACUGUAAGAUGUACGCGGAUUGUUGUCGCAAGUCGCAAAUUUAGGAGAAUUUUGUGAUUCCAGUUAGCUACACACUGUGAGAAAGGCAGAAACUGGCAGAUGAUCCAUAAGUGAUCGAUAAAGACCGUGUAAUGUGGCAGUUGUGGCAAGGGAGUGUAAAGACGAACUAGAGGGUACAAAUGUAUGAAAAGUCAAAACUGUAAAUAUUGCAGCAUUUGACAAUAUGUAUUUUGAAUGACAACUUGAAAAACAGUAUGAACCAAUACCUAUAGCAGCAGGAGUGCUACAUGUGUAAUUGUUCAGGUUUGGGUUUUCAGGCUUGACGCAGUAGUGGUAAUGAAACCAUCAUUAUUAUAGUAUUGUAACAGUCAUUAAGGUGGUGAAUCAGCGAGUGCUACAAAUCUACUCUGCAAAUAGUAGCAUUACAAUCAUUAAGGUGGUGAAUCAGCGAGUGCUACAAAUCUACUCUGCAAAUAGUAGCAUUACAGUCAUUAAGGUGGUGAAUCAGCGAGUGCUACAAAUCUACUCUGCAAAUAGUAGCAUUACAAUCAUUAAGGUGGUGAAUCAGCGAGUGCUACAAAUCUACUCUGCAAAUAGUAGCAUUACAAUCAUUAAGGUAGCCAUACCAGUGAAUGGUAAACAGAUCUACUCAGGAGAUAGUACUGUAGCAAUCAUUAAAGUAGCGGUAACAAUCAUUAAGGUGGCCAUUAAUGAAUGCAAUUAAGUAAUCAUUAAGGUUUAGGAGCAGUUUUGUAAUGCUUACAAUGGACUGCGUCAGCAUGCCGACCAUGUGCAAUAACAGCUUGACCGUGUCAGGCCAAGCCAAUAUCACGGCAAUCCCCUUACAGACCAAUGUCUCUGACCACACCAAUGCUCUCCUCUACAUUGUCUGCGUCAUCAUGUUCUAUGCUUUUAGCAUCGUAGUGCUGAUGGUCAAGUAUGUGAGACGCGAACAAGAAGAAGCUGAUCAGAGGAAUUUCUUCAACGAGUUCAUCAAGAGAGACGCUUUCCAUACACCUCAGUUUCAGAACAAACUCUUAAUGCAGAAGUUGUUUUCAGAUCGCUGCGUGCGACACCUGGGUGAGCACAAAGAAGACGAGAAAGGCUCGGUGUUUGACGAUGAGGACAGCGAAACAAGGCAUUCGUCUGUGGAAAUGACACUUGCUAUUGUUUAAAUAUGAACAUUUCAAAUUUUUUUUUUCUGAAAAGAAAUUAAUAAAACGUUAUGAAAAAAUCGUAAGUGGUUCUGUAAGGUGGGUGAAACAGUGAGAAUUAAGCAGAUUGUGGAAGCUGUGGUACAGGACAGUCAGCUGGAUGCCAGGUAAUGUAAGAUAAUAAGAGGUUUUGUGAGACUUACGUCCACAGUCAUUGAAUUGUGGAUGCAACCCAACUCCCCUAUCGUGUAUCAGUUGUUUCUUGUGUACUUAUCGAAAAAAAAUGUCAGGCACUACCUCACAUCGUGCUUUACAUAGAUGUCUUUUCCCAAAGCUGAGUAUCUGGUGUAUCAUAAUUGAGAGUUGAACGUCCUUAGUUCAUGGAAUUACAUUAAAGCUGAGGAAAGUAAUUUGCUGCUGUAUGUUGGUGUCCAUGUCCAUUCAUGAAGUAUGGUCUCAAAAAGAAAAAGAGAA